ACAUGACUCCGUUUUUCGUCGCAAUUUUCCUGCUGGGCCUUUCAUCGCUGGCCACCGCCGCCAACUUCACUCAGGUCUUCGAGUGGAUAGAAUUGGACUUCGAGUGGCCGUCGGAGGCCAGCAGGACACAGGCCUUGGAGGACGGAACUUACAAACCAGCAAAAAUUUAUCCUCGUUACAUGGCUGUCCACGGAACAAGAAUCUUCCUCAGCCUGUACAAAAAUAGUGGCAUUCCGGCGACUCUGGUGUCUCUGCCGACGAGCAGCGCCUCCUCCGCACCCCCGAAGCUCACCCCUUUCCCUUCGUUGGACCUGCAUCUAAAUGAAUCGGGAAACUGCGAAAAGAUCCACACUGCAGAGGGGCUGCAAGUGGACUCCGUUGGCAGGCUGUGGGUGCUCGACGAGGGUAGUUUCAAAUGCAAUACAAAACUACGGAUUUUCGACUUAUACAACAGUGAAACCGAAAUCAUUCAUCGGUUUUCCUUCCACGGCAAAAUGCACGACUUGGUGAUCGACGAAACGGCCAACGGAACCUUCGCCUACAUCGCGUGGUGGAGUGACACCAAUAUCGUCGCGUUUAGUUUGGAGAAAAAUGAAUCUUGGAUCGUGGACACGCCAGGAGUCGAGGUUUUGUCCAUCGCCUUGUCCCCUAAGGAGGAACCCAGACAGCUCUACCUUGGUGAAUUUUACAACGAUUUGUUGUAUUCGAUUAGUGUCGCCGCACUCCGCAACGGAACUCGAACAGCAGAACCGGAACUAAUCGGAAACUGGACUGGAACACCAUAUCGAAUGCUGGUGGACAACCACGGGACCUUGCACGCCGCCAUUUUGUCGGAGGAUUACGCUUCCUCUUGGAACACAUCCCGUGAGCCAUUUCAGGAGCAACGUUUUUAUGAGGUAGCUGGACUGGAUUAUACUUGGCCGUUUACUUUUGCCUUGGACCAAAAUGGAACUCUCUGGAUGACGGUGUUAGAUGACGCGAAAACGCCAAGAUUCAGGAUUUUAAAGGCGAAAUCUUAUAUCUUCGAGGACUCUCCAGAAUGCUCCGGUUCGUGUCCCAAGAGUGAUACUGCCUAAGGUCGGGCGUGUCCCUUUGCAAGGUUGGAUGGAAGGGUGGAAACUACGACCCACCCCUGCUGCGUCCACGGCACCUGCGACAAACGAUUGUAGACUCGAGUAGUGAUUUUAGUUGGGAUAUUAAAUGUUUUUGGGAAAUUA